CGUAUACUAGAAAAUAUUUCAUGUAAGCUUCUGCCUCGUCAUUCGACAAAGUACUUUUUCAAUUCACAUGUUAACGCGAACGCGAAAACACGAUUGCAAAAAAAAAAAAAGAAAUUUUUCUUUAUAUGUGAUUUUUUUUCUAUUGAAUAAUAACAGUUAACUUCAUAUUUAUAUUGGUUGCUAUAACGAUUUAAAUAGCGUUAUUAUACAAAUAUAUAGUGAGAAACAAUUUGAGAUGAGAAAGUUCCUAUUCAAAAUUUAAUCUCAAAUAAUAGAUUUUACAAAUCCGUGUGAAAGAAGUAGUGAUUACUAUAAUUCACUCAGUUAGUUUCUCUGGUGAUAUGCAUCAAUGCAUAAUAUAAUAAGAUACCCAACGUUUGUCUGGAAAUUUUUACGAUGGAUUCCAGCGAGAUUAUUAAUAUGCUUAAUGAUGUUCACUUGUUGCUGGACCAGUUACAUGUGUCGUUUGCAAAUGCCUAUUUUGGCAGUACCAAUGAUCAAGGCUCUACCGACCGAACAAGUAACUGGUGCAUGUUUCCGUGACAAUGAACGCCAACGGCGAUCUCUUUUGAUGUUCGAACCGAUUGACUUCAUCGAAGAAUAUAUUCUGGAUAGAAAAUUGAACUUUCAUGAAACCAAAGAGAUUGAGCUUGAAGGUGAACGUAUUGUCCGACAAGCAGAGGAAACAGAGGAACAACCAGCUCGAUCUGCGACUUUAUCGCUCUUCAGUGGAUUACCUUUCGAUUGGGGUCCUCAAAUUCGCGGGCAAUUGAUAGCUGCUUACGGUUACGGAUAUCUUCCUGGAUGUUUCCUUGGCGGUAUUAUGGCCUUGAAAUGGGGUCCAAGACAGGCGAUUCUUUGGACAUCCAUAGUAGCUGCUACUUUAUGUCUAAUCACUCCUAUACUCGCAGACCUUCACUGGGGUAUACUCGUAUUCGCUAGAAUAAUAGUAGGAUUUACCGGAGGUGUUACUUUUCCUGCUUGUCACACUUUAGUUGCCAAAUGGGCACCUCCUCAUGAACGAGCACGUUUUAUAUGGUCUCUUUUAGGUGGUACAUUUGGUACCAUUUUUACAUAUCCUUUAGUUGCUGCUAUCGCUCAAUAUUUAAACUGGGAAUCUGCAUGGUAUAUACCAUCCUUGCUGAUGUUCAUAUGGAUAUUUUUUUGGAUAUUAUUAGCCUUUGAUUCACCUGCGGAACAUCCGGGUAUAACUCAAGAGGAAAAAGAUUAUAUUUUAAGUUCUCAAGCAGGAACAGUCAGAAUGCAAAAGCCUACGUUAAAACAGACACCGAUAAAAGCGAUACUUACUUCGAUUCCGUUUCUUAGUCUUGUUAUCUGCCACUUUGGCAAUCUUUUCUUAAUCUUUUUUUACCAAAAUUCGCUGAUGUUAUACAUGUCGAAAGCAUUAGGUUUCGAUCUUACCAAAGGUGGUGGUGCUGCCGGUCUUCCUUGGGCUGGUAGAAUGUUAUUUGGCUUCUUUUUUUGUUGGGCUGGCGAUAACAUCAAAAAGAAAGAAGUUAUGUCCAUCACUAAACUUCGAAAAGGCGCAUGUAUAUUUUCCCAUUUUUUACCAGGCAUUUUUCUAAUAUUAGUUGGUUAUGCUGAAUGCAACUUAUACCUUGCUAAUAUAUUCUUGUUUUUGGCAUUGGGUUUCAAUGGAGCGGCGAGUAUAGCGAAUCUCUCGAACAAUCAAGAUAUUUCUCCGAACUUUGCAGGUUUUUUGUAUGGAAUUAUGAAUACUGUUGGGAGUAUCUCUAGUAUAAUAAUACCGAUAAUGGUGGAAGAAAUUGCAGGCAAAUAUGGGAAUCCAAUCCAUAAAUGGCGACAACUAUUUUUGAUUGCUGCUUCUGUGUGUAUUUGUAGUAUGAUUAUUUUUAUUAUUGGUGGAAGUGGGGAAAUACAAAAAUGGAACGAAAUUGAAGAUGUCCCAGAUGCAGAGCGAGGAAGGGGAAGAGAAAGAGAAGCAUAGACAUUGUUAUUCUAUACUUCGAUUCUUUUGAUUAUUCGUUUCUAAAAUUGAAAUCGGAAGAAUACAAUAUAUAAUAUAGAACAUCUAAAUUAAAAUUAAAAAAAGAUUUGAUAAUAUUAAAUCAAUGUUAUUUUAAUUGUUACGAUAUAAUAUAUUACAUAUUUAUACAAAU